AUGUCGAAUUUGUCAAAGCUUGAGUUUGUGGCACUUGAAAUAACCAGAAAGAAUUACCGAUCAUGGGUUCUCGAUGUUGAGAUUCACUUAGCCGCUAAAGGCCUUGCUCGUCCCGCAGGGUCAGCUCCGCUUCCUGAAGCGAAUAUGACAGCUAGACGUGAUAAGUCUGGAAAAAGACAGAAUAAUAAUCAUGGCCAUAUGAAUGUACGUGGGCAUGGCAAUUGUAAGAGACGAUAUAAUAGUCGUCAUCAUGGUGGUCAUGGCAGACGAGAGAACAAUAUGGGUUCUCAAAACAAUCCUUCAAGAGGCAAAACCGGUAAUUGCCACCACUGUGGUACGAAAGGUCAUUGGAAAAUUGAAUGCCGUGCACCUGAGCAUUUUGUCAGGCUUUAUCAAAAAUCCAUCAAAAGAAAGGCAAAUAAUGUUGGAGCAUCUUCUGCUAAUGCCCCAGUGGAGUCUCACUUGACCUUUAAAAAUAAUUUUGAGGCAGGGCCUUCAAAAAAAAAUAAUGACAAUGUCGAGGCAAAUCUUGCUUUGAAUGAUGAUGAUUUUCAAGGCCUCGAUGAUCUUACUCAUUUGGAAGUUGAAAAUUUCUUUGGAGAUCAAAACUAA